AUGGUGCGGGAUGGCGGUCGUUUUACAGGUGGGCUGGUUGCUGCGGGGGCUGCCGCCUGGGAGCGGUCGCUCCCCGAAGGCUUCUGCUCGCGGGCAGCUUUCAGUCUCCCUUCCCGGAAGUCCAAAUCGCGAAGGAAGGCCAAAUUUGCUGCACACCAUGCUGGCUUCGCUGGCUUGGAGAACGGGCGAAGAGAGCUGUGCUUAGAACGCCGCGAAGUUCCAGACCAGAAGGACGAGACCGCCGAGAAGGAGCAUCCGAAGUGGAAGGAUCGCCUUUCGAAGUUGGUGGUCCGCUUUGUCAAGACCCCGGCCUUCGGCCCCGACAGUCUUGGCCGCAGCUGCGAAAAGUUCUCAGGCGACUUCCUGGAGUUCUUAUGCAUCGAUGAUCAUGUUUCGGUGCAAAUCCUCAAGCGGGCUGCUGCGCUGACUUUGCUGCUAAUGCUUUGCACUGCUGAGAUAGCGAGGUACCGGCGACCUGCCCUUUGCAUCUUGGAUCAGUGCUUCAGGGAUGCAGCUCAGCAGCCUCCUGAUGUGAUUGCGCGACUUUCCCAGCGCACGCGCAACGAGCUUUUGAUGGUUGCCAUCGUCGGGCCUCUUCUUCAGACUGAUCUGCGCACCGGUUGGUGCCCCGAGGUGUUUUGCAUGGAUGCCAGCCCCACUGGAGCUGGGCUUUGCACCGCGCCUGUUCCGGAGAAUGCUGUUGCUGAGCUGCACCGCUACUCCGAGCAGCGAGGCUUUUACACUAAGCUUGAAGCCCCUUCUUCUGCAGCCCUUCGCGAGAUGGGCGAAGAGGUCCGCGCUUUCUUGCUUGGUUACCCGGCAGCUUUCACACGUCAGCUUGCUGCAGGCAGCCUGGCGGCUAAGGGCACCCUUCCCUACACGUUGGGCGGCGGGUUGUACAAUGGGAUUCUACAUGUGUAUUCGGGGCAGAACAGGCAGCUGAUGACCCCUGCUUGGCAAAUCGAUAAGAAGUGGCAAUUUGCUGAACCUGGUGAGUCCCGACCGGUGAUCUCUGUCCCGAUCGUGCAAGCUGUAACUUCGCUCGGCCUGGUGUGGAAGUGGUCGAGGUUCGUCGGCGUGGUUCUCAUCGGCUUCCUUUGCAUGCUUCAUCCUUCAGAGUACCUGAUGCUGACGCGCGGUGACCUGAUCCUGCCGUCUGACGUGCUCAGUCGGGAUCGUGUGGCAUACGUCGCAGUCCAGAUGACUCGGUUCUGCGUUAUCGAGGCCUUGUUUGGCCACCUCCCUUUUGAUUGCCGGCUUUAUCCGGGGAGCAAGAACACAUUCCGGAGCCAGUGGAAUGCAGUCAUGCAGCGCCUCGAGAUCCCUUUCAAGCAAGCUGACAAAAGGGUCACACCUGGUGUUCUCAGAGGGAGUGGUGUCACUCAUUUAUAUCUCGAGACGGAGGGCCUUGUAAAAGUUGCUCGGCGUGGCAGGUGGGCUCGACAGAAAACUGUCGAGUUCUACUUGCAAGAAGUCGCUGCUCAAGUCGUUUUGCAACGUUUGCCAGCUCAGAGCCGCGCUCGCAUAGCCGGACUGGCUGAGUUCUCGGCGCGGUUGGUCGAGGCUUACGCUUGCUCAGCGAUGCGCUCGAAGCAUCUUGAAGGAGAGCUUCGGCGGUCGAUCGACAGACGUUUUCAGUAUCAGGGUGAAGGCAGUGAAGGCGAUGUACGUCGUUCGACUGCCCGUGCUGCUGAAAGCUUGAGGCCCGGUGAAGGUGAGCUUCGACAAUCGAUUGCCAGACGCUCUCAGUACCAGGGCCGCGGCGACGAAGGCGAUGUCGGGCAUCAGAUUUGCCAGGUGAUGUACGUCGUUCGAUUUCCCGCAAGUCGGAAAGCUCGAGGUGAGCUUCGACAGUCGAUUGCCAGGCGCUCUCAGCACCAGGGCCCAGACAGCGAAGGUGAUGUACGUCGUUCCAUUGCCCGCAAGUCGGAAAGCUCGAGGCCCGACGAAGGUGAGCUUCGACAAUCGAUUGCCAGACGCUCUCAGUACCAGGGCCGCGGCGACGAAGGUGAGCUUCGACAGUCGAUUGCCAGGCGCUCUCAGCACCAGGGCCCAGACAGCGAAGGCGAUGUACGUCGUUCCAUUGCCCGCAAGUCGGAAAGCUCGAGGCCAGACGAAGGUGAGCUUCGACAAUCGAUUGCCAGACGCUCUCAGUACCAGGGCCGCGGCGACGAAGGUGAGCUUCGACAGUCGAUUGCCAGGCGCUCUCAGCACCAGGGCCCAGACAGCGAAGGUGAUGUACGUCGUUCCAUUGCCCGCAAGUCGGAAAGCUCGAGGCCAGACGAAGGUGAGCUUCGACAAUCGAUUGCCAGACGCUCUCAGUACCAGGGCCGCGGCGACGAAGGUGAGCUUCGACAGUCGAUUGCCAGGCGCUCUCAAUACCAGGGCCCAGACAGCGAAGGUGAUGUACGCCGUUCGGUUGCCCGCAAAUCGGAAAGUUCAAGGCCCGACCAAGGUGAUGUUCGCUGCUCGAUUGGCCGCAAGUCAGAAAGUUCGAGGCCAGACGAAGGUGAUGUGCACGCUUCCAUGGCUCGGCAUUCGCAGCUUCAUGCAGGCCACGCCCACCGUGCCAGCCGCCAUGGAGACGAAGGAAGUGCGACUGGAUUCUCUCCUUCGGCCAGGAAGUCAGACUAUGGCAUGGGCGAUGCAG